UAGGCGCCAUUUACGAGUGAGAGUUUGCAGCGAGAUACAAGUAGCUUACGGUUUGCGAUGACACGGGGUUGACUUGUAUGCACACUUUUAUUAUUUAUCUCCUCGAUAUCAAGACAUUUUGCAAUUUAUUUUGAAAAUAUAGCCAAGGUGAUAGCUACACAGGUAAUUAUUACAUCAAAAGACAUUCAUCGGUAUCCCAGUUCAAGAUUUUAAAUUAUGCCAUCCAAAACGUCGAAAAGCUCAACCGCUUCCAAGCCAAAAGGGAAAGGGUCGCAGCCUCGGGAUGACUCCGAAGACGAGUUGGACGUACCCCCUAAAGAAGCGAGCUCCAAUGGCCAAGAGGCACCGCCAACAAAUGAUCCGUCUCCCGGGGAGAGUGCGGAGGCGGUUGAUAAUAGAUGUUUGGAGGAGAUUCUCGGUAGCAUCCCUCCACCCCCGCCCCCAGCAAUGACCAAUGAACCGGGCGCUCCUCGCCUAAUGAUAACGCAUAUAGUUAAUCAGAACUUCAAAUCAUAUGCUGGCGAGCAGAUUCUGGGCCCUUUCCAUAAGCGCUUUUCCUGUAUCAUUGGUCCAAAUGGCAGUGGGAAGUCCAACGUGAUAGAUUCAAUGCUCUUUGUGUUUGGCUAUAGGGCUCAAAAAAUCAGAUCCAAAAAACUCUCUGUGCUGAUUCACAGUUCUGACCAGCACACUGGUGUGCAGAGCUGCACUGUGGAAGUGCAUUUUCAGAAAAUUAUUGACAAGGAAGGAGAUGAGUACGAAGUCAUCCCCAACAGCAAGUUCUGUGUUUCCAGAACUGCCAACAAAGACAAUUCCUCAUCCUACCACAUCAACAGCAAGAAGGCAACAUUCAAAGAUGUGGGAACUCUACUGCGUAGCCAUGGCAUUGACCUGGACCACAAUAGAUUUCUUAUUUUACAGGGUGAGGUGGAGCAGAUAGCCAUGAUGAAGCCAAAGGGGCAGACGGAGCAUGAUGAGGGUAUGCUGGAAUAUUUGGAAGACAUCAUUGGCUCCUGUCGUCUGAAGCAGCCUAUUCAUACCCUGAGCCGCCGUGUGGAGCUCCUCAAUGAGCAGAGGGGAGAGAAGCUGAACAGGGUGAAGAUGGUGGAGAAGGAGAAAACUGCUUUGGAGGGAGAGAAGAAUACAGCUGUGGAGUUCCUUUCGCUAGAGAAUGAUAUCUUCAAACACAAGAGCCAGCUCUGCCAGUACUAUGUCCAUGAUCUCCAGAAGAGGGUGUCAGACAAAGUGGAAGAGAAGCAAAGAAUCCAAGAUGACACCAAGGAGCUCACAGAGAAAAACAACAAAAUCUCUCAAGAGAUUGAAAAGAAGAACCAAGACUUGAGAAAUGUGGAGAAGAAACAAGGCAAGCUGACCAAGUACAUUGAGGGCCAAAAAGAGAAAUUCACUCAGCUGGACUUGCAGGAUGUGGAGGUUCGAGAGAAACUGAAACACACCAAGAGCAAGACCAAGAAACUACAGAAACAGCUAGAGAAGGACAAGGAAAAGCUGGAGGAGGUACGUAAUGUGCCGGCCUGCAGUGAGAAGAUCAUCUCUGAAGCGUCCUCUCGCCGGGAAGAGUUGGAGAGACAGAAGGUAAAAGAGGAGGAGAAACUGAAAGAAGUGAUGGAGAGCCUGAAGGAAGAGACCAGUGGCCUGCAGCAGGAAAAGGAGACUAAAGAGAAUGAGCUGAUGGGGUUGAGUAAGGCAGUGAAUGAGACACGUUCCCGUCAGGAUGUGGCUCAGUCUGAGCUGGACAUCUACCUAAGUCGCCACAACACCGCUGUGACCCAGCUGAACACAGCCAAGCAGGCCCUACAGACAGCCUCUAACACCCUGCGAGACCGCCGUGCCACCGUCAAAGAGCUGCAGCUCAAAAUACCUCAGUGUGAACAGGAGCUUAAGAAGGAUGAGGCCGAGCUGGAGCAACUGUUGCAGGCAGACGGGCAGGCGAGGGAGCUAGUGAAGGACAUGAGGCAGAAGGUGGAGGAGGCCAAGAGCUCCCUGUCCUCCAACCGCAGCCGGGGGAAGGUUCUUGAUGCCCUCAUGCAGCAGAAGAGGAGCGGCAAAAUACCUGGCAUCCUGGGAAGACUGGGUGACCUAGGGGCCAUUGAUGAGAAGUAUGACAUUGCCAUCUCGUCCAGCUGUGGCUCUCUGGACAACAUCCUGGUGGACAGCAUCAACACUGCCCAGAAAUGUGUCAACUUCCUCAAGGCCCAGAACAUUGGAGUAGCCACCUUUAUUGGCCUGGACAAGAUGAAGGUGUGGGAAAAUAAGAUGGGCCCCAUAUCCACCCCGGAAAACAUCCCCCGUCUGUUUGACAUGGUGAAGGUGCAGGAUGAGAGUAUGAAGCCAGCAUUCUACUUUGCCCUUAAGGACACACUGGUGGCCAAGGACCUAGAGCAGGCCACGCGCCUCGCAUUCCAGAAGGACAAGCGCUGGAGAGUGGUUACCCUGCAGGGACAGAUCAUAGAGAUGGCUGGUACCAUGACUGGAGGUGGAGGGAGAGUCAUGCGGGGCAGGAUGGGAUCCUCAAUUGGCACGGAGGUCUCCCAGCAGGAGCUGGACCGAAUGGAGAAAACACUGAGUGAGAAGGUGGUGCAGCUGCAGGGCUGCCAAGAGAGGAAGCUACAGUUGGAGGAGACUGUCCCAAGACUCCGACAGCAGCUCAGAGAGAUGAAGAACACCCUGGAGAAAUACAGCAAUAGCAUGCAGAGCCUGACUGAGCAGGAGGCUCAUCUGAAGCCCCAGAUCAAGGAGCUGGAGGCUAAUGUCCUGGCUGCUGCCCCAGACAAGAACAAACAGAAGCAGCUAGAGAAGACCCUGAAGGCGUUCCAGCAAGACUUUGAGACAGCCUCCAGUAAGGCAGGGAAGGUGGAGGCUGAGGUGAAGAGGCUCCACACUCUCAUUGUGGACAUCAACAGCCACAAGCUCAAAGCCCAGCAGGAUAAACUUGACAAGGUCAACAAGGAGUUGGAUGACUGCUCCUCAUCCAUCACAAAGGCCCAGGUGGCCAUCAAAACUGCAGGCCGUAACUUAAAGAAGUGUGAAGAGGGUGUGAGUCGUCUAGAGGAGGAGCUGGAGGAAAAUGUGAAGAGCAUUGGUGAGCUGACAGAGCUCCUGAAGGGGCUGGAGGAGGAGGCUGGAGAGAUCAUGAAGACCUGCCAGGAGGCUGAAGCUGCACUGCCGGAGGUGCAGGAGCAGUACCAGGGGGUGGUGAGGGAGAUUAAGGCCCUACAGGAGCAGGAGCAUGCCCUGCAGGAGGAGUCCCUCAGUGUCCGCCUCCAAGUGGAACAGAUCGACACCUGCAUCACUGAACACACCAACAAGAUCAAACAUUGGCAGAGAGAGGCAUCUAAGCUCUCCCUCCACGCCAUAGAGGACCAACCAGCGGAGGAGCUGCCUGUGCUGACCCCCACUGACCUGGCUGCCAUUAAGGGGCCUGACAUCAUCACCAACCAGAUCUCCCUGCUGGAGGCCCGCUGUGCCCAGAUGAAGCCCAACCUUGGAGCCAUUGCAGAGUACAAGAAGAAGGAGCAACUUUACCUGCAGCGAGUGGCUGAGCUGGAUGAGAUCACUACGGAGAGGGACAACUUCAAACGCGGUUGUCAAGACUUGCGCAAGCAGAGGCUGAAUGAAUUCAUGGCAGGCUUCAACAUCAUCACCAAUAAACUGAAAGAAAACUACCAGAUGUUGACACUAGGGGGAGAUGCUGAGCUGGAGCUGGUUGACAGUCUAGACCCCUUCUCAGAGGGCAUUAUGUUCAGUGUACGUCCACCUAAGAAAAGCUGGAAGAAGAUCUUCAACCUGUCAGGAGGAGAGAAGACCCUGAGCUCUCUGGCCCUAGUGUUUGCUUUGCACCACUUUAAACCCACACCUCUUUACUUCAUGGAUGAGAUAGAUGCAGCCCUUGACUUCAAGAAUGUCUCUAUCGUUGCCUGUUAUAUUUAUGAACAAACCAAAAACGCUCAGUUCAUCAUUAUCUCCCUGAGGAACAACAUGUUUGAGAUCGCUGACCGUCUGAUCGGCAUCUACAAAACCCAAAACACCACCAAGAGUGUGGGCAUCAACCCAAAAACCAUUGUUUUUAAAGAGCCAAUCUCUGCUUAGUACAGUGCUAACUACUUUCCCAUUCAGCCACACUUAGUAAGAUGUGUAAAUGAAUUUCUGAAUUAUUUCUGUUUCACCAUGUAUAUAAACUGACUUUAACCUAUUAUACUGUCAUUAAAUGCUUUUUCACUGAUUAAACUAUAACCCUUUUAA